AUGAUGUCAGAUGCCAACGAAAUUACUGAUUUUUCUGAGUUACCUCACAAGAAAAUAAAGCUUGAACCCACAGAAAUUAAUUCCAAUGAUGAGAUAAGAAUACCUGCCAACGUAUCUGAUUUAAACGAAAACUCCGAAACCGCUUCGUCCUCUAACCCACAAGAAGAAGUAAAAGCUUUAAAUGACAUUAAAAGAGAAGAAAAUAGCUUAGAAGAUUAUGGAGACAUAAAAAGGGGCUCAAUUUGGCUGGGGACUUUUUGCAAUAAGCUCCAUGGCUCAGUAGCUUGCACUUAUAUGAUAAAAUCGUCUAAUGGUAAAGUUCUUGAGCAGAUGACGAAUAUUUAUUACAAAAAAUCCAAAGCUUUGUCAGUAAUAAAACACUUAAGGAGAGCCAUAAAAGUCUGUGGCCGUCGGUCGAUGGUCCAUAUUGACAUAUGUACAGACAAUGACGUAGUUUUUACCAAUUUUGACAAGUUUAAGAAGCUGAAUCCACAGUUAUUAGAGGAAAGAAUGAAGACAAGUGAUUUAUUUGCCAAAUUUAAUAUGACUCAUAAGUUUAAAUGAGUUUUUAAGCCUGCUAAUGUAGAAGCAAAUAAAAUUGCUAGAGAAGAGUUUGAAAAAAGAGAUAAAGAAGAGUUGUCUGACUAUUCUGCACAUGAGACUAAUCCAUAA